AUGGUACAGUUCAUGACAUGCUCUACCUCAUAGAGAAUCUUUACUUACCCUUCUUCUAGCAUCUUCUACCACGCCUCGCCAGCCGACUUCCACUCCCAGGGGUCGCGACGCUGCUUCGCCCGCUCAGACUCCGAAACAUGGCUACCGCGUCACCUACGAUCCAGGUACAAGGGCCCCACGAAGAGUCCAAACCCGAUCACCGUCAGAAGCUUUCUUUGCAGCUCCCUCUAAUCCCACGAGACAUUGACACCCUCAUCAUUCAAAACGACACUCCCUCUGACACAGAAUGGGCCUUCACUUUCCCCUGAUUCGCAACCUUGAGAUCCAUACAGGGUAUAACGAAGACCUGAAUGACAGACACAUCCCCCCUCACUGGCCCCUCUCGCGACUGCUGAUCAGCUCCGCUUCCGGAACUAUCACUCAAACCCCAAUCAUCCGCCAGGGACAAGUUUCUCAUCUGAUCCUCGACUACACCAGCGGCCUCCGUUUCGAGGGUCCAGACAAUCAGGAGCUGCAAGAUAGACACAAGGAGGCUAUCUCUCGUGGGGAGGCGGAGUCGGAAUAUAUCACGGUACACAAGGGCACUCCUGAAGAAAGGAAAAUUGAGAUUGUCUUCCUUCCUCAGUUGGCCAUGGCCUGGUUGGACGCGAAAUACGGAGGGCCGAACUUCAACGAGCUCGACCCAGACAACGCACCACCGACGCAGCAUGAUGUCAACCUUCAGACGCUGGAGAUCGUCGAGAACGAUGCUAUGUGCACUCUUGCCCGCAUGACCCUGGCCCUGCCGCAUGUUGUCUCCGCGCUGCACCUCAGCUCCACGAACGGUUGUUGCGAGUUUCAGCAAACCAACGAGAAGAUCUUUGUGCAGUUUUUACCACAGAUGGAAAACCUGAAGACUUUGCAACUCUCGGUCGGGGAGGUGUUCCGUGAUGAGUCCCACCUACACGCCUUAUACAGGCUGUUUCCGCGGACUCUGACGACGUUGCGCCUGCGCGGACCGGCAAUGCUGACGCAGAGUGAUCGCUGGAAGGAGUGGGAGGAGGCAUUCGCAUCGAGAACCUUUCUACCGGAGUUGAAGAGGUUGUCGAUUCAGAUGGAUCUUUGUUACAAGGAUAGAGACAGUGGAUCGGCCGGUUGGCCUCUAAAAGAGUGGACUGAGCUCCCAGAAGAAAUACGCCUCGCCGCAAACGCCGCGUGUGAGCGACUCGGCGCCCUUGCUCGCAGCCGAGGGGUCAAUGUAGAGGAGAUGGAAGAUUGGGGGAGACUCCGGGUGUGAGUUCCGACUCCCGCGGGAAGCAGCAGGAUUCAGGGGGCGGUGUUCAACCGCGGGCUCGGUUGUGCUUACAUUGCUUAUGCUGUCGCUGCUUACUAGAUGUUGUUGACGGUUGUUGGGAGAUGUGUAGGAUUAGAUGAAGGAAAGAAUGAUACCCCACUCUUGAUUUGUCGCAGUUCCGUUGUUCAGGGUCAAAGAACCUAGGGAUCAGUAAUUGAUCGUACUCGUAUCUUUUGGGAGAGAAC